AUGGAUGAGGAUUACGAUUUGGAGGAUUAUGUCUCCUACAAAUACGCUGGUGGAGUUGUUGGGGAGCGGGCGGUGGACCACGCGCCCGCCCCUCAUCAUCGCGAGCCGGCGCAGCCCGCGCAGCAGCACGACCGCCGCCACCAGCAGCAGGAGCACCAGCACAACCACCGCCGCCACCACGGCGGCAAGCGUGAUGACCGCAUCCUGCUGCUGUUCGACCUGAACGGCGUGCUCACAGACCACACGGCCCCGCGCAUGGAGGGUCGCAGCAUCCGCCGCGACCACGUGGUGCGGCCCCACAUUGAGUGCCUGCUGGCGCUGCGAGAGCACUUCCGCCUGGGGAUCUACUCCAGCGCCAUGCGGCACACCAUCGACCGCGCUCUGGCGCUGGUGCGCUCGAAUCUGCUGGCCAUGAGGCGGCAGGGCGUGGAGGUCCCGGACGCCCCCCUGUUUGAGGUGAUCAUGCACCGCGACCACUGCGCCCCAGACCUCCACUGGCGCCAGCGCCCCGGCGGCAAGGAGUGGUCGACUGUAAAGCCGCUGGCGCGCCACGGCCUAGACCUGGCGCGGUGUGUGCUGGUGGACAAUGAUUGGCACAAGAGCGUGAAGGGGGAGGAGGCCAACAUGCUGCUGGUGCCUGACUGGCUGCAGGAGCCAGUCUCCAACGCCGACCUGCCCGUGCUCGUGCACCUGCUGCUACGCCUGCUGCCGGGCCGCGCCGACGUGCGUCCCGCCGCGGCGGCAGUGUCGCAGGGCCUCGUGCACGCGCGGCUGGCACGCUUCGGCCCCGGGGCCCAGCCCAUCAACAUCCCCUACACUGACGGGCGAGUCACGCAUGGGGUGGGCCCGGACGGCCUAGAGCCCGGCCUCGUGGCAGCAGCUGUCAAGGCCGUAGAGGAGGCCGCCGGUGACGCGGCUGCCGCCUCAGGGGCUUCGGGUGCGCCAGCGGCAGGCCUAGUGGCUACGCACGCCGCCGCCGCGCAGGCCGCGCGCGCCGCGUGCGACCGCCGGGCCGAUGGGCAAGUUGUCCAGGCCCCGUCGCGCGUGGAUCGCGCUGCAGCCCAGCAAACGGCUGUGGGAGGGCAGUGGUGGACAGAACCUCUUGGCCCGCGAUACCACGAGCGCCUGGGGUGGUGA